CCCCUUAUCCAGGACAGUCGCCUUAUCAGGGACAGCCCCCUUAUCCAGGACAAGGGCCGUAUCCACCUUACCAGCAACCUGUGCCACCCCGAAAAAAGGGAUUGUCACUUGGCUGUGUCAUCGCAAUAAUCCUGACUGUUUUUGCUGUACCGGUAAUAGUAGUGGCAAUUUUGAUAUUACUUGCCCCGGAAAUUGAAAAAGCCAGCAACAAUUUGACCACGAUUAAAAGUGCGGAGAUGGCCCGCGGCGUUAAAGAUUUAAAGGCAGAUGGAGUAACGAGCGUCUUUAAGCCAAGCGAAAGUGCUCUUCAUUGUGUGGUCAAUCUAACCGCUCCAACUACCACCACAAAAGUUAAGAUAGUCUGGAAUCUGGUUGAGAGUGCCGAAGCAGAUGUCGGUAAUAUAAAGGAAAUUGAGUAUAUAACCGCCAAACGCGAAAAUGUGCUAGAUUUAUAUCUGACCGCCCAAAGACCCUGGCCCGUUGGUAAAUAUAAGGUUGACCUUUAUUUAAAUGAUACUUUUGACCGUUCAGUCGAAUUUAGGGUGGAAGCUUAA